AUGGAAAAGGAACCAGUGGCUAAAUUGCCAUCAGUUAGUUCGAAAUGUUCGAUCUCAUCGCAGACGGGAUUGAAGAGAAAUAACUCGUCAAUAAUUCUAUUCCAAGAUCACUCAAUUCCAGUGGUCGUGGAGCCGAAAUCGCACGCAGACGAAGGGCUUGAAACAAUGCUGGACGGCCACGACGAGCCCAGAACAUGGCAAAAUGGGGUUUGCGCUCCUGUGAACCCAGCUCGUUGCUGCUUUUCUAAUGUCUGCCCUUGCCUGUCGGCAGGCUACUUGGCGCGAAAAAUUGGCAGUCCUUCAGCUUUGGUCGCCGUUUUCGGAACACUUUUCUGCUACCCGCUGAUGAUCUGCCACAUCAGAGGGAAAGUGAGAGAACAGCUUGACCUGGACGCUGGUCUAAUCGAAGAUAUCUCGUGCAGCUUGUGCCUCCCCGGCUGUGCAUUAGAACAAGCUUUUAAUGAGCUACCGAACUAG